UGCCCAAGGAAGGCAGGAAGGAAGGGCUCGCCCGCCCGCCGGUGUCCGCCGCGGCUCCGGCUCCUCGCCUGGCCCCGCCGUUACGGCAUGCGCUGAGCGCCCGCACCGCCCCGUCCGCUGCGCGCCCGGCGCCCGCCGGCACUGCCCGGCACCGCCGCCCCUCCCAGGUGUGAAUGACAGAGGAGGUGCCUCCGACCGCACUCACCGACGUGAACCUGCGUCUGCUGUGCCACGAUGACAUAGAUGCAGUGAAGCAGCUCUGUGGUGACUGGUUCCCAAUAGAGUACCCUGACUCAUGGUACCGAGAUAUCACUUCCAACAAGAAGUUCUUUUCCCUCGCAGCCACAUACAGAGGCUCCAUCGUGGGAAUGAUAGUGGCAGAGAUCAAGAGCAGAACAAAGGUGCAUAAAGAGGAUGGAGACAUCCUAGCUUCCAAUUUUCCUUUGGACACUCAAGUUGCUUACAUACUCAGUCUUGGAGUGGUGAAGGAGUUCAGGAAACACGGGAUUGGUUCGCUCCUACUUGAAAGUUUAAAAGACCAUAUAUCAACGACUGCCCAAGAUCACUGCAAAGCCAUCUACCUGCACGUCCUCACCACUAACAACACAGCAAUAAACUUCUAUGAAAACAGAGACUUUAAACAGCACCACUAUCUUCCCUAUUACUAUUCCAUAAGAGGGGUCCUCAAAGAUGGCUUUACCUACGUUCUGUACAUCAACGGUGGACACCCACCCUGGACGAUCUUUGACUACCUGCAGCACAUCGGAUCAACACUAGCCAGCCUGAGCCCGUGUUCCAUUCCGCAGAGGAUAUACAGACAAGCCCAGAGCCUUCUCUGCAGCCUUCUGCCAUGGUCUGGCAUUUCUGCCAAGAGUGGCAUCGAGUACAGCCGGACGAUGUGACUCCAUCAGCGGAUGCACACAGCACAAAGGGAUUGUUCUUCCUUUCAUCUCUUGAACCAUCUGGCUCUGCACUGAUUCCAGUGAUGAUGGCUUUUGGUCAGUGACCCACCCCUUGGAAAGGACUCCUUAUUCCACAGACUGACCAAGAUUUUGCAGACUUCACCCUGGACAGGCUGGAGCCCUGACUCACCCUGUGGGCUGGAGCCUGUGAGCACUCCUGGGAGGCCGGGCUGCCAGGGGGCGCCGGGCUGAGGGCUUCCAUGUCACCGGUCUGUGAGCAUGUCACACGGUCCCUGCCACUUCCCUCGCCUCUGGAUGGUUUGCUUGUAUGUGAUGUGGAGGGGUUCAGUUGCUGCUUCCACGCCACAGCUGCUGAAAGCCGUGUGAGUGAGGUGCACUGUGAGUGAGCAGUGAGCACCCUGGGAAGAGGGGAGCUGGAUGCCUGCGUCCUGCCCUGCUAGGGAAUCCAGGCAGGGCAUCUGCCCCAGGUGAGAGUCAGCCCCAGCCCUUCAGAGGGGGGGUUGUAAAAAGUACCUGAUCCAGGAUGCACUGAGUAGAAGGCAGGGGAUGAAAUUGCUAUUUCAUAGUGAAAUAUAUAUUAUACUGUAUAGAUCUUUCUGCCUCUUUCCAAGCUGGAACAGAGCAGGGAAGGGCCUGGAGCUGUGGGACCACUGUGGUAGGCAGAGCCCUUCCCCUCCCAGCACGCAUCCUCCCUUGGCACUGGGGCUGCACACUUGCAGGAUUUUUAGGGUAGAGUGCUGCACACAGAUCCCUACAGCUCUUUGUUGCAGAGAAGCCCCCCAGCUGCUUGCUUGCAUGUUCCAGGCCAUAGCGUGCAGGCAUUGCCAUGGGGCCACACUGUCAGCUGCCCUCCCUGCAGCACCAGGGCCAGACUCAGGGGCUGUGUUCCCUAGCACCAAGUAGCUGUGCUGCUGGGAGAACCCUGAGGCUCCUGUGUGCUGCAGCCAGGGCAGGUCCCUCCACGAUCCCUGCCCCUGGGAGUGAGUGCUUUGCUCCUAGGCUGGGAGUCUGCAGCUCCAUCAGCACCAGUGCUGGAGGUGUGGGGGGCACCGCUCCCCUCUGUGUCCCCACUGCAUUUUCUGCCCUGGUGAAGGCUUCUCACACUCAUCGCUGUGCUCCUCCUCCCACGCUCGUGCCCCUCUUGGAAGUGGGGCUUAAGUGAAGGGCAGUGUAAGCUGUGCAGGUUCCUAUGUGCAGGGCCAGCUCUGGUGGCAGGUGAGGGCAGGGAAUGGGAUGAGCCAUAGUCUGGGCCAGGUUUAGGCCUAGAAAGAGCAAACAUGGUAGGAGCUUGCAGCCCUGAUACCAUACAAAGUCGUUUCAGUGUUUGUAAGCCCCUAAGAUGAGAAUCAAACAAUAAAAGGAUGUGGAGGAGAUCUCACUGCAUGGUGCUGUGCUGGUUCAUGUGAACAGAGGCCCUUGGCUCAGAGCUGCUGGCACAGCAGGCAGUGCUGGUGCAGCAUUUCUCUGCUCUGCACAGCCCUGACUGCAGGAAGGAUUUCAGUCCAGCUGAUGGUCUGGCAGAUAAUUUAUUUGGGGGAAGCAGAGGCCCCAAAAUCUCACUGCUCACUUUUCUGGAAUGAGAGCAGGGCUGCCUUCACGAGUGGUUGACAGGAGAAAGAAAAUGUAUUUCUGGGAGCAGGAUUACACCUGCCAAAGAGUGCAGUGCAGAGAGCUGCAGGGUGA